GAGGAUGCCCAGGACGUCGAUGCUUACACCCUGGCCAAGGCCUACUUUGAUGUUAAAGAGUAUGACCGGGCAGCACACUUCCUGCAUGGCUGCAAUAGCAAGAAAGCAUAUUUCCUGUACAUGUAUUCCAGAUACCUGUCUGGAGAAAAAAAGAAGGAUGAUGAAACAGUUGAUAGCCUAGGACCUCUAGAAAAAGGACAGGUGAAAAAUGAGGCUCUCAGAGAACUGAGAGUGGAGCUCAGCAGGAAGCACCAGGCCAGGGGACUCGAUGGAUUUGGCCUUUACCUGUACGGGGUGGUGCUUCGGAAACUGGACUUGGUGAAAGAGGCCAUUGAUGUGUUUGUGGAGGCUACUCAUGUUUUGCCUUUGCACUGGGGAGCUUGGUUGGAGCUGUGUAACCUGAUCACAGACAAAGAGAUGCUCAAGUUCCUGUCUUUGCCUGACACCUGGAUGAAAGAAUUCUUCCUGGCUCAUAUAUACACAGAAUUGCAGCUGAUAGAGGAGGCCCUGCAGAAGUACCAACAUCUCAUUGAUGUGGGCUUUUCCAAGAGCUCAUACAUUGUUUCCCAGAUUGCAGUUGCCUAUCACAAUAUCAGAGAUAUCGACAAAGCCCUUUCUAUUUUUAAUGAGCUGAGAAAACAAGACCCUUACAGGAUUGAAAAUAUGGACACAUUCUCCAAUCUUCUUUAUGUCAGGAGCAUGAAGUCUGAAUUGAGUUAUCUGGCGCAUAACCUCUGUGAAAUUGAUAAAUACCGAGUAGAAACGUGCUGUGUAAUUGGAAAUUAUUAUAGCUUACGCUCCCAGCAUGAGAAAGCAGCCUUAUAUUUCCAGAGAGCCCUAAAGUUGAAUCCUAGGUAUCUUGGGGCCUGGACAUUGAUGGGGCAUGAGUACAUGGAAAUGAAAAACACAUCUGCUGCUAUCCAAGCUUACCGACAUGCCAUUGAGGUCAAUAAAAGAGACUACAGAGCUUGGUAUGGACUUGGGCAGACUUAUGAAAUCCUUAAGAUGCCAUUUUAUUGCCUUUAUUAUUAUAGACGGGCCCACCAGCUUCGUCCCAAUGAUUCACGUAUGCUGGUUGCCUUAGGAGAAUGUUAUGAGAAACUCAAUCAACUAGUGGAAGCCAAAAAGUGUUAUUGGAGAGCAUAUGCUGUGGGAGAUGUGGAGAAAAUGGCUCUCGUGAAGCUGGCAAAGCUUCAUGAACAGUUGACUGAGUCAGAGCAGGCUGCCCAGUGUUACAUCAAAUACAUCCAAGAUAUCUAUUCCUGUGGGGAAGUAGUGGAGCACUUAGAGGAGAGCACAGCCUUCCGCUAUCUGGCCCAGUACUAUUUUAAGUGCAAGCUGUGGGAUGAAGCUUCAACUUGUGCCCAGAAGUGUUGUGCAUUCAAUGAUACCCGGGAAGAAGGUAAGGCCUUGCUCCGUCAGAUCCUACAGUUGCGGAACCAAGGGGAGACGCCCAGCGGUGACACGCCUGGUACCUUUUUCCUCCCUGCCUCACUGUCUGCCAACAACACUCCAACACGCAGAGUUUCUCCACUCAACCUGUCUUCAGUCACACCGUAGUUGACAACUCUCAAGUCAGCACAUUGCUAGACCAGUAUUAAGCCUUACCUCCAGUAAAGAACAGCCACAUCUGUUCUCCCAAGGACCUAAGCUCUUCUCAUUUUUACAGAUAGAAACAGCCUUGGGGACAGCCUAUGGAAUCACCUUCAGAGGCAGACAGAACUAUGGCAGGGGACAAGUACUGUCUUCUUCCAGCAAGCACUUCUUGGCCUUCCCAUAGUCUUCCCCACCUCCAAAAACCCCUUUCACAGCACUUUACCAUAAGCAAUGCUACACAAACAAGGUUUUUAAUGCUGCUGGGAGUGGAUAGGCAAGGAUAGGUAAAGAUUAUCCUCCCUCCUGGCAGUAGGGAGGUCAGGUGUAAUGACCUCUGUGUAGCCUAGGCUAGGACCUUCCUGCUUCAGCCUCCCUAAUGAUGGGAUUACAGGCAUAUGCCAUGAGGCCUGGCUAGAAUGACCUUUAUUUUGCCAAAUGUGGCCUCUAUUGUGAUGUCAGAGAUUAGGUUUAAAUGGAAUGUAGCUAGCUAUCCAUGAUCUUUGGGAAGACGGUUUUCAAAGGGAGUCUUCUAAAACCUUUCAAGUGGAAGUCUCAAUGAGCAUGAACUGUAGCUCAUAUUGAGGGCAGAGAUGGCUAUAGCAUUAACUAUACCCUGAUGAAAGCAACACAAGGAGACCAGAUUGCAGAUAACCUUGUGGACAUUUGAAAGUAACUUUUUUAUUUCUGAUAUUAAAAUUCAUGCUGGCAUCUUUUAGUAAAUAAUACUGUUUUCAACCUUACCUUCAAGGUUGAGGGAAUCAUUCUGUGUUCUUGAUGUUUGUUAUGUUUGUACUAUGUGAUGCUAUUAGAUCAUUCUGUGUUAAGGUGUAGACUUCCUUCUCUUGUGCUCAGAACAUUUUUAUUCCCCUUUUAUUUUUAAGACUUCAUUUAUAAAGAAACAUUAUCUGGACAUUGUGGAGCAUGUCUUUAAUCCUAGCAUUUUGGAGACAGAGGCAGGUGGACUUUUUGAAACCAGCUGUCUACACAGCAAGUUCCAGGCCAGUCAGAGCUACAUAUAUAGUAAAACCAAACAAAAAACAAACCUUUCAAAUAUGUAUUGCCAUUUGACUCAUUUUGUAGUGCGCCUUAGGCUGGUUCCCAUUGCUGUUCCUGUCCAAGGGUCCAACGGGCCAGAUGGUAUUUAUAUCAGUUUCUGUCCCCCUUUUUAUAUUUUUCUAAGUUUGGAAUCCAAAUAAAAGCAUAAACCAUG